AUGUCAUCGUUGGAUAAAUCGACCGACAACAAGGCAGAAACAGCUUCAUCUACUACUAUCCAAACAAGAUCGAGUUCGACACAGACUGGAAACAGUCCACAACGACGACAUCAACGACGCUUUUGUAUCAUGUUAACGAACAAUCCUCGUAUGAUUCGAUCGGCAAGUCGAACGUUGCACAAUGCCACGGUUAAUGUGUCCAAUCAAAACACACAACAGCGGCAACGUUCUCCGCCACCACCGUACUCAGAAUCUCAACGUCAGGAACAGUUAAAUCUAUCGAACGGACAAGAAGUACCAUUAUUGACACAGUUCUUAGCUAUGAAUAUCACAACGGAUAGUAAUGGUGAUUAUGAAAAAGAAAUUGAAGAUGAUUUUCGAGCACAAAUUCAAUCCAUUCUUCAAGCCUACUUGCAAAAGACGCGACGAUCAAGUCCAAUUAAUUCUAUUUUUGACAUGUCAAAUUGUGCUGAUGAUUAA